GGUGUGGCCACCGCAGCCGCGCAGCCUCCGUCGCAGAUGCCGCAUAUGCAACCGAUGAUGUCGUAUCAGGUUCCUCCCCGAGCUUAUGCACCGAUGCUGAAUGGUUACGCCGCGCCUCCACAAGGAACCGUUCCUCCCACGGUGUCUUGAUUGAAUUCGGUGAGAAAGGUUGGAAGGCUUCCUAUUGCUUACAGACACACCACCCCCUUCUACAACUCAUUUUUUGGUAUGCACAUAGUUUCUUGCUUGUCUUUUACUAGAAUUUCGAAACCAAAGCAUACACCGAGUUCGGUUCUGAUGAUGGAAAAAAUAAAUAAAAAGUUGCUCUUUUGUCAAUCACUCAAUCUAAAUAAUGUAUGGUUGUGUCAUGCUCAUUUUAGUUGGCCACUUUCUGAUAGUUAUAAAGGUACUUUCAGAAGCCGGUCAUAUUUGCAACUGAAUGCACGUUGGCCUUGUGUCAUGAGGUAUUGCAAUCUUUUCAUUCUCUCUAGCACAGUUUCAUACUUUCAUUCCAUUUUUUAAUCCUGCACCAUGGGCUGCUGUACAAAAAAGAAUUUAUAGUUCAACUAGAAUUUUUUCUUAGUAAACCAUGCAUACAUGAGAUUAUGAAAGUUACUACUUGCAAUUGGUGGAUGGGAUAGUUUGAGAAGCCUGCUAUGUUGCAAGUGGUUAAACAAAGGUAAGCACUUCCUACACAUCCGUGAAUUUCAAAACUGGAUAGUAUUUCUUGUUGUUUUCUUCAGGUUAUCAUUUCAGCUGGUGAUUGUUGGCUGUGCUGCCUUCUCUGUUAUGCUUUUGAUGUGUGGUAACAGCAUAAAGUUGUUCUUGUCGCAUUUUUUUCCACAUAUAUCUCAUGUUGUAUUGAUUAGUUUAGAAUAUAUAUUCACUCAUGACCUUCUCUGAUAUAUUUGCAUAGAUGUUUUUCUACUCUGUACAGGUAUUCCACGUUACCCCCCACCUUAUGGAACUAUGCUCCGGCCGGUAUAUCCUCCACGCCCUCAUGGAGCACUUAAUGUUGCUCCAGUAUCACGCCCUCCUGUUGCAGGGAUCCCUGCAGUUCGCCCUAUUAUUCCUCCUGUUGUCAGACCUAUGAUUGCUCCCAGUGUUACUCCAGCUGAGAAGCAACAAAUCACAGUUUACAUUAGGAUUGCACCAACUGUGGAGAAUGAGUUCGUGCUUUCUCUCAUUCAAUUGUGUGGAAAUAUCAAGAGCUGGAAGCGUACUCAAUAUUUAUCUAGUGGAACUCCUAAAAGUUUUGGGUUUUAUGAAUUUGAGUCUGCUGAAGGGGUUCUUCGGGCUAUGCGCCUCCUUUCUAAAUUGAAUAUUGAUGGGCAAGAACUAGUGGUCAAUGUGGAUGAAGCUAUGAAACAAUAUCUGGAGCGGUAUGUUCAAAGAAAGACUGAGAACUCGAUUAAAAAGGAAGCUCAGACAGCUGGAGAUGAAAAAGAUGAUGAAGGUACCAAACCUUCUGAUGCAACUGAUGCUGCAAAACCUGAUGUGGACCCCUCAAAUAAAGAGGAUAAUGAUUCAGGGAACAAGGAAUCACAUGAUGUGAAAAACUUUGGGAUUGUCACGGAUGAAGAUAGGGAAGCUGAUCGAGAUGCUUUAGUAAAGAUUGCGAAUAUGAUAGAGGAGAGGUUGAUGACAAGACCUUUGCCUCCACCACCUGCACUGCCAACCGUCGAUGGUUCUGUGAGUUCAGUUCAAGAACAACCUGCUAAGACAAGAGAUGGAGAGUCUGAUGUGGAUACGAAGAAGAAUGAAACAGGUGAAGAUAAAAAUGAUAAAGAGGCAAACAGUGAUAACCAACCAACUGGUGAACAUGAUAGACCCGAUACCCCUGAUAGAAGGCAUGAUAGGAAAAGCAGAGAGAGAGACCACCGAGAUAGGGAACUUAAACGAGAAAAAGAAAGGGAACUUGAAAGAUAUGAAAAAGAAGCUGAGCGGGAACGUAUUCGGAAAGAGAGGGAACAGAGACGAAGGACUGAGGAGGCUGAGCGUCAGUAUGAAUCAUAUUUGAAGGAAUGGGAGUAUAGAGAAAAAGAGAAAGAAAAAGAACGUCAGUGUGAAAAAGAGAAGGAGAAGGAAAGGGAACGCAAACGGAGAAAGGAGAUACUUUAUGAUGAAGAGGAUGAAGAUGAGGAUUCUAGGAAGAGGUGGCGUAGAAAUGUACUAGAGGAGAAGAGGAAGAGGAGGGUGCGUGAAAAGGAAGAUGACUUGGCUGACAAACAAAAAGAAGAGGAAGAAAUUGUUGAUGCCAAGAAGAGGGCUGAGGAGGAUCAACGACAGAAGCAGCAGAGAGAUGCUUUAAAGCUAUUGUCAGAGCAUGUAGUAAACAGUGGUGAGGAAACUAUGGCUACUGAAGAGAUUGCUAAGGAAGUAAAAUAUAUUGAUGCUGAACAAGAUACUGUAGCUCAUUAUAGUCGUGAAGGUCAUAUUGGUGAUGGCAAUUCAGUAAAUGCUAUCCACGAUGAAUCUGCCAUGGCAUCUGUUGGUACAACUGAUACACAGUCAGGUGGAAAUGGUCCUUUGAAGAAGUUAGGAUUUGGUCUAGUUGGCUCGGGGAAAAGAGCAGCUGUUGCUUCUGCUUUCCAUGAAGAGGAGGAGGAUGAGGCACACAAGGAUAAAAAAUUGAGGCCUUUGGUUCCAAUUGAUUACUCAACAGAGGAAUUGCAGGCUGUUCAACCUACUAUUUCUGGGUCAACACCGCCAAAUUUGGUCGCAGCAGCAGAAUUUGCAAAGCGUAUAUCCAGUACCAAUUUCAAGGAAGAUAAGCCGGAUGGAGAACGGGAUAGAAGUAGGCGAUCAAAUGAGAAGUCUAACCACCGGGACAGGGACAGGAAAGAUGAAGAUGGCACUCACAACAGGGAUGAAAACAAGGAUAAAUUUCCUGACCGUGCUAAAGAUCGAGGUCAUGGGUUUGAGAAAUCUAAAACUCAUGAUAACAGGAGGCUUUUGGAUGCAAAACAGUUAAUUGAUAUGAUACCAAAGACCAAGGAGGAGUUGUUUUCAUAUGAGAUAGACUGGACAGUGUAUGACAAGCAUCAGUUGCAUGAAAGAAUGAGACCGUGGAUUUCUAAGAAAAUCCAAGAGUUUUUGGGGGAAGAAGAAAAUACAUUGAUCGAUUAUAUUGUUUCCAGUACACAAGAACAUGUGAAAGCGUCCCAAAUGCUUGAGCGUCUUCAGAUCAUUUUAGAUGAGGAAGCUGAAAUGUUCGUUCUCAAGAUGUGGAGGAUGCUUAUCUUUGAAAUAAAAAGGGUAGAGACAGGGCUUGCUUUGAGGUCAAAAUCAUGAACUGGUGACUGUUGUAUGUUCCACCUUUUAUGCUGAACUGAUGUUUUUUAUCACUGCCCCUGGGUAUGUCUUCACCCUGAAGCUUAACAUGGCUGCAUAAUAUUUAUAAACUUUUCGGUCUGUAUUCCUUCUAGAUUCAAUUAGUUAUUUGGAUAAACCCCCGUUUUCUUUAUCCAUGAGAAUCCGGUGGCAAUUUUUUGUCAUGUGAAUAGUUAGAACUAUGAUUUGGGUUCAUGAUUGUCCUGGAGGCCUGGUUCUUUUGUUUAUUUGUUUUGAAGAGAACAGUACUUGUUCGUUAA